AUGUCAUAUUCAGUCCUCCUUCAAAAGAUUCACAAUACAUACCACAAUCCAUAUGUGCAACGGGUGUGUACAAAGAUGGUAUCUCCUCCAGUUGAUUGCCACAAUAAUUCUAAUAAUCAUUCUAGGGUUCCUACAGUGGUAUCAGAGCUUAGAGAUGCUUUCGGAAUUUUGCACAAGAAUCCAAAUCUAUGUGCAGUGUUAAAAUUACAUCACCGAACUUCCAGUGCAAUUUCAGAUGAUCGAUUUCUUAAGGGGACAAAGCCUUGUUUAUAUGGCACGAGUGCACUCGUGUGUCCAUUAGUCAGACUAAUGAAAAAGUUGACCAAGGGGAACUACUUCAAUGGUCGGAAUUCUGUUCCCAGUCGAAUCAGUCGAAUCCCGGGCUUGUCGACCGAUGAAAUAAAACAGCUGCCGUGUUUCGACUACGAGGUGGAGGAGAAAGGGAAUAGUCCAGCAGAAUGUGUCGUGUGCUUGGAGAAUUUCAAGGGAGGUGAAAAGUGUAGGAUGCUGCCUGUUUGCCAUCACAGUUUUCAUGUCCAAUGCAUAGAUUCUUGGCUUUUGAAAACUGCUGCUUGUCCAAUCUGUAGAACAAGAGCUAAUGCACCUCAAAUUGGGGAAGAAACUAGUCAUUCAAGUGAAGCUGUAGUUGAAUUGACAUAG